AUGGACAAAGGUAUGGGCUUACGCCCUUUAGAGUGGACUCAUGCGCCACGCAAGGAUGUGCGCAAAGAGGGUCCAGUUGUUUAUUCUGUGAGCACCCCGGCGAAAGAGGGUCCUCGCGACCAUGCAUUGCAUUUGGUCCGUACUACCCGCAUCGAGCCGGCGACUGGAUACUCCAAGCGGCCGCCGGUUCCGCCCAAGCGACCUGGAGCCGAGCAAAUUGUCGUGACUGAGAAGGACUUGAAGAAGUGCGGCAGCGACCUCAAGAAGUUGCGGGAGUGCAACCUCGCCAAGGCACUGGAGGAGAAACCUGAACCCAGGCCCGAGCGGCCGCCUUCACCCUUGAGGCCCCUGGAACUGUCCUUCAAAAGCAAUUUCGCGCAGAUGUGCCGCGAGGGCGCGGAUUUGCGGGAUCCCUGGAAGGAUUUGGCCCACCCGGAUGAGGGACGAAAUCUGACUGUGGAAGAUUUGGUGCUCAACCAGGUGUAUGUCAAGGCUUUGUCCCCGCGAAAACUCGAGUUCGACGAGACGAACUCGCCUGAACAUGGCCCAAGGAAGUCCAAGAUGCGAAGGGUGACCAUGCGCCCCCGCACCGAGAGCCAGUGGUUCACCAAGCGCGCCGCCAGCCUCGGGCGCGAGCGGGACAGGUUCUCCGCAGCAAUCCAGCCGGUGGACUUGGACACGCCACGCUCCAGGAAGGAAGUGACCCCUUACCAAAAGGAGGCAGGAAACCGCUUGGAGGCUGCCUUCCUAUCUGGGCGCAGCAGCGUGCCGUUGGCUGGGCUUGGACCACAGCUGGAGGGCGCCAUUGUCACUUUUGACAAGGCAUCAGAGCAAGAUGCCCGAGUGAGAUGGGUGGAUGGGACCUAUUCCGAAGUGAAGCGCUUCCAGGUAACUGCAUACAGCUCCUCGGCAUGA